CUAUUCGAUAUCGAAUUCGUCGAUUUCGUCAAAAUAUGCAAUUCCCAUUCGAUCGAAAGCGAAUUCGUUUGCGAGGACGUCGAUAUCGACUUGCUCGGUACAUGAACGCUCACGAAUUACUCGCUUCGCUUACGCUUUUGCGAAAUGUAAGGUUAGGUUAGGGCGUAGUGUCUAUUUAUUUUGUGGUUAACUGGUUAGUGCAUAUUUGUUUAUUAUAAUGUCUUUUAAAAUACGAGAAGCUCAUUGGGAAGUUAUGCUUCAAUAUAUGGAAGCCCAUCCAGAUUUGGCUAAGGGGCGUAUAAACCACCCCCAAGCCAGAAAAGCUUAUACUGAAAUGUGGUAUGAAUUAGGAAGCAAAUUAAAUUCGCUUGGGUUUGGCGAAAAACCAGUCGAAAAGUGGCAAAAGUCAUGGAGCGACUAUAAAACAAAUUUAAAGAAAAAAGCGGCAGAAAUCGAAAAUAGUCGACGGCUGACAGGAGGAGGGCCAGGAGCUGUGAAGAUCCUAACAGACUUCGAAUUAAAAAUUCUGAGCAUACUAGGAGAUACCUUUUAUAAAGGAGUUGGAGUGGCAGAAGUUGGAUUGAACAAGUCUGUGAUGGAUAUGGAACCAAAUAGUAGCACCGCAUCUCCUGCAGUUCACACAUCAGAACCUUUAGCGUCACCUAUAGCCGAAUCUGGACCAGCUAAAAAAACACAGUAUAGACAAACAGUGUUCAGAGAAGAAGCUAGUGAUCACGACUAUUUAGGCACCUUACCUGGAACAUCAAAUCCCAGGAAACGGCAGAAAGUAGAGGAUUCAACCGAAAAAAUUUACAAAGAAACGUUAAAUGUUCUACGAAGCAUAGAUAAUAACGUCAGUGUAGUCGCACAUAGGUUAGAUGGUUUAACCAAAGGAAUAACGGAAGGCGCAAAUGCAAUGAAACAACUUGUAGAAAUGUUAGCGAAACGACAUUAAAUGUAUUAAAUCAAGUUCGGUAUAUUGUUAUAUUUUUCUAAUAAGUUGUGACGUUGCUUUUUAUGCGAUGCAUUUAGUGAUAAGAGUUUGAUAUUCCUUUUUAUGUGUUGUAUUUAGUAAUAAGAGUUUGAUGUUCCUUUUUGUUAUUAUUUCCGGUUAGAGUAUAUUUUUAUUUUGUUACAUG